GGGCGCGCUCGGGCAGAGGCCGGAAAACACACACACACACACACACACACUCUCUCUCUCUCUCUCUCUCUCGGCGAGUCGUCGUGUCCAGGUCACAUCUAGUUCCUUUCCAGUUUGUCUGAAGCUGAACUCAGUCUCGUCCGCUGCAUGUUCUGCAUUUGGAGGAGGCGCAAAGUUGUCCUGACUCUUCCCCCCCCACCGCGUUCUCCGCGGUCUCUCGCAGCUCGUCGUGUUCCUCCGCGCCGAGGCGACUCCUCAAGCUCACUGUCCACCGGCCAACUCCACCUGGGCCCCCCGUUGACCUGCGAAGACGUCAUGUCCGGCAAGAAGCGCACGGCGAAAUCUGCCCCUGCUGGAAAGCAGCCCGCCGCCAAGCUGCGGAAGUCUGCUCCCACGAAGGAGCAGGAGGAGAAGGUGGAGAGAGCAGGGGGCUGGCUGCAGGACCUCGUGAUGCAGCAGAGGUCAGAGGAGAAGGAGAUGAAGUUCAACAAAAAGCGCCUGCGAGUUAUAUCCGACGCUGAGAAGAUGAAGCCGGGCUCUGAGGGCGUCCUGUACUGGAUGUCCAGAGACCAAAGAGUGCAAGAUAACUGGGCGCUGAUCCGCGCACAAAAGCUUGCCGUGAAGGAAGACCUUCCUCUGCACGUCUGCUUCUGCCUGUCUGCGCCGAAGUCCGAACUGUCCACCCUGAGACAUUACGGCUUCAUGCUGAAAGGUCUGGAAGAAGUUGCAGAGGAGUGUAAAGCCUUAGACAUCCAGUUCCACCUACUCCACGGCUCAGCGGGAGAAGUUCUCCCCGGCUUCAUAGCUGACCGCAGCCUGGGGGCAGUGGUGACGGACUUCUCCCCUCUCAAAGAGCCACUGCAGUGGCUGGAGGACGUGAAGAAGGCGCUUCCAAACCACAUUCCCCUCAUACAGGUCGAUGCCCAUAAUGUUGUCCCCUGCUGGGUUGCGUCACCCAAACUUGAGUACUCUGCCAGGACGAUCAGAGGAAAAAUCACCAAUCAUUUGCCUGAGUUCCUCACUGAUCUUCCUCUGGUGGAGAAACAUCCCCACACGGCUACAAGAACCGCCAAACCGAUAGACUGGGACAAAACUCUGGCCUCCCUGCAGAUCGACAGAGCCGUCAGCGAGCCGCAGUGGGCCACGCCCGGCACUAAGGGAGGCAUGGCCAUGUUGGAGUCCUUCAUCGACGUUCGCCUUAAACUGUUCGGCAGCCAACGCAACGACCCGAAUGCCAACGCCCUCAGCAACCUCUCCCCUUGGAUCCGUUUCGGCCACUUGUCAGCCCAGCGUGUGGCGCUGCAGGUGCAGCGCAACGGGAAACACGCAAGUCAGUCCGUCCCCCCCUUCAUCGAGGAGCUGGUGGUGCGCAGGGAGCUGACUGACAACUACUGCUUCUACAACAAGAAAUACGGCAGCCUGGAGGGUGCAUACGAAUGGGCUCAGAAGACCCUGAGAGACCACGCCAACGACGAGAGGCCGUUUCUCUACACACGGCAGCAGCUGGAGGAAGCUCAGACUCACGACAAACUCUGGAAUGCAGCCCAGUACCAGAUGGUCAGUGAAGGGAAGAUGCAUGGUUUCCUGAGGAUGUACUGGGCCAAAAAGAUUCUGGAGUGGAUGUCGUCACCGGAGGAGGCGCUGUCCACCGCCCUGUACCUGAACGAUCGCUAUUCGCUGGACGGACAGGACCCCAAUGGUUUUGUUGGUUGCAUGUGGUCUAUAUGUGGCAUCCACGACCAGGGCUGGGCAGAGAGAGCUGUUUUCGGUAAGAUCCGCUACAUGAACUACAAAGGAUGCACCAGGAAGUUUGACGUGCCUCGGUUCGAGCGCAAGUUCUGUCCCAAAAACCCACCAAAGUAAAAAUGUCUUGGAAGAAAAGGAAUUAAAUGCAGUCGGCCUUCAUCUCCCACACAUUGACAUCAGGGAGCGUUCGUACAACAUCUCUCGUAGUUUUUGUUCUUUGCUGCUUUAUGUUGUUUUUACUGAGUAUUCAGAUAUGUUCAAGUUUACUUAACUUAACGUGGGUGUCUGAUCUGUGCUGCAGGAACAGUUUUUCAUUUAAUAUUAGUUUUUAUUUUAAACUUUUGUUUUUUACUGUAAAUGUUAUUUUACAAAGGAAGAUGCCUUUUUUGAGGUAACAGUGUGUCAGCAUCUAGUUCCUCUCGCUGUUCUUUAAGAACUGAAAAUAAAAUUAAAGUCAUGAGCCAUC